GGAAGCUCAUCACGUGAGGUCAAAGGUAAAUAGUUGAUUAAAAAAAAAAAAAGAAAAAGAACAAAAAAGAUGGCGGCCCACACGAAGAAGGCUUUCGAGAUAUUUGUCUCUAAAAUACCAUGGACUUUAGCGAGCAAGGAAAUGAGGGAGUACUUCGGGCAGUUCGGUCAAGUCAGAAAAUGCGUAUUCCCAUUUGACCGAGAGACUGGUUUCCAUCGAGGGUUUUGCCGGAUUGUCUACGGAACCGAGGAAGGUCUGCAGAACGCACUCCAGAAAGAGGCGCACAUUGUAGAAGGCUCGCGGCUUCACGUACAACUGAACAGAACGGCCCCAAGACGGAGUCGGGAGAGGGAUGACAGCUGAACCGCUUUGUUCUAAAUAUGCUUGUGUUGUAAAACAUUAACCUGAAAUAAAUUGUGCUCUGGAAAAUUUCA